AGCAACUGCUCGCAAGUGGCCUGGGUCUGCCGCGGGGGAUUGCAGGAUUCGUUGCGUCGAUGCACACCCGUGUGCUUCGGACGUUUGCGAGCGGGCACUUUGCGAGGCCGGCGCCCCAUGGCAAGCCGCUCCGUGCCGGCGGCGCCCCCGGCCCGGUGGCCCGAGGGGUAUAGCGGGGGCCUUCCCGCCAGCAGGGGCGGCGCCGCGGGCGCCUCCGCCGGGGGGGCGUGCGCUGGGCGCGCUGCUCCCAGCGGCAUGUUCAGAUGCUGGGGAGCCUGCGGCCUGGACAAUUCCGAAGAGAAUGUGUCCGACGAGGAGAGAAUACCUGCCGCAUGGCGGGCCGCUGGGGCCAGACCCAUCUGCGAGUUGGGCGCGAAGUGUACCCUACGCAUGGACCCGGCACACUUAGAGGCGGAGGCGCACGUCUGGGACCCCGACUACCAGGACCUGUGCGAGCAGCAGGGUGUCGAGCCCCUGGAGGCGACUUUGCGAGUUCUGUUCGACUGGGUGGACCUCGACGCAUCUGGAAAGGUGUCCAGAGAGGAGCUUGGGAGCGCGAUGCCCUUCCUCUCCAAGUAUUUCGGCGAUGACAUGCGUAUCUCGCCGGAGUCUUGGAAGGAGCUCGACGAGGACGGCAAUGGCUACGUGAACUUCUCUGAGUUUGCGGAGUGGGCGGGUCCUCGCUUAGGCCUCCCGCUUGGCGUGGGCCACCUGUUCGGCAACAACAACAGCCGCAGCCAGAGUGGCCUGACGGGCUCCUGCUGCGGGAUCAUGAACUGCCCCUGCAAGGAGUACAGGGAGAAGGCCCCGGGCAUCUGCAGGUGCGGCCACAAGAGGGCGGCCCACCACAGCGCGGGGUCCCACACCAGCCAGGUCCCGUACCCUAGCUAUUGGAAGAAUGUCGGCAGCACCACAGACUUUGUGGACUUGGUCCCGCUGAGAAAUAUCAGCGUGUUCCAGGACCUCUUCGACCACACGCAUAUCAGAAAGUGGACGCGCGACCGCAUAAAGCACACCGGCACCAAAGAGAUCCCCAGGCGGUACACCGUCACCAAGGUGUGGAGAGUAGAGAACAGCAAGACGUGGCGGGAGUAUUGCGUGAAGAAGGCUCUCAUGAUGCAGGCGAGGCAGGGCGACGCGAAGGACGGCUCUGCCCAAAUCUGGAGCGAUCGCCGUCUGAUCCGGCCUGGCCUCGUGAAUUCACUCGGAUGCGCCAACGAUCUCUUGCCGUCCAGGACUACGAGAUUUUCAACGACGUGAAGUCCUCACUGGCAUGGGUAGCGAGCUCACCAGACCUGGGAGACCAGUCGCUUGAGGAAAGCGUCGCAGCCUCAGCGAUUCCACAUGUCCAAUUGACCGUCUCCAUUCUUGUGCGCACCUUUCGUUCCCUCUUGACGAUAUCGAGGAUGCCUACGGCGAGUCACCGCCGCUUCCUGCCACCCGCGCAAGCCCCGAAUUUGUUGUUCGUCACACGUGCGGACUCUGACAGUUACCCUGGCCGUCUCACAGCGCUUGCCAAGCAGGCCAGAGCAGCACGCGCAUCCGCGGACCCACCGUGCAGGCGUGGGUUUUGACAGUUAGAAAACUGCGCAUUUAGCCAUGCGCUUUCCAAACCAAGCUUGGCUGGUGACCUGAGCCGCUCUAACUGUAAAUAAUCGCAGUCCAGGCUGUCCGUUCCUGCCGUUUACUUGUUUUAGCAGCUUGGACAGGUUAGAGCAGAUCACCCACGUUGGCAGGACAUUUUUCUAGCGGCACUCCAGGGUUAGUGUGUUCACGACCGGGUAGCCAAACGCAUGGCACUUGUGGACGAUAGUCGAUAUAAAACUCGUUCAGCUGUAGUUGCAUUCUGGUCUGCCCAGGCAAAGUCGGGGCGACUGGGGAGAUACAGCAUCCGUCAGCAUCUC